UACUUUUCCAUCCUCCAUAAUCGAGAUUGAUACUCUACUUCCUAGCUACAUACCUACUCUACUGUGUGAUCACUAAGUAGUCAGAUUGCGACAGCAGACUACCUAGAUCCGAGAUAUUCUGCUCUGCUCUUAUCAUUUGAUCAAGCUUCACCAGAUUUCCAUUCAUCUUCCCGCGAUCGAGACAAGAUGGAUAAGUCCAAAGCACCCGCCGGCCAGGGAGUACAGCAAGACAACGCGACUGCAUCACGUCGUAGAAGAAGCUCUGGUCCCUCUUACGACAGCCUCAUGAACUACAAGCGCUCCAAUGACCCUGGAUCAUCAGCCCGCCGCCAGAGUCUCCACGAGCAGAAGCCUCCGUCGGGCUUCUUCGGGGCGAUGUGGCAGACUUACGUACGCGGUUCUGCGAAGUAAUCCGAUCCGAAACCUUCCGUUAGGGUAGGCGUGAGAUCAACUAGCUACCUCCCUAUACAUUGGUAUAACAAAGAGGGAGAGGAGGAAGAGACUACAUAGGUGGUGAGGUGCCUAUGGAUCACCAUUAUUAUAAGAAGAGAUGGGUUACGAUUACGAUUACAGGACGUUUACUCCGUUGCUUUCCCUAUGCGUAUCGCGAUAAUAACCCAAUGUAAUUAAGGGUAUGCUUGAAGAGAACGGAUGAGUUCGGACGUUGAGGGUCUAUUGUAUGAACUUUUGUGUAUGAUUACUUGGCUCGUUCUAUCAGACAGAGAAACUCAAGACUGAAUUUUGCUUCAUUGAGUACGACGUAUGACGCUGUGCAGUCGUUUUGGGAUAUAUUGUCAUGCGGUUAAUGUUUUCUAUGUACCAAGGAUGAUUAGAUACUCGGACUUCUUAGAUAUAAUCUUCAGAUACUAUAGUCGUGAGCUGGGAUUUGCAUAUAACUAUUAUCAGUCAUAGUAUUCUUACA